AUUCGGAUGAAAGUUCAGAUGAAUAUGACGAGCGCGAGCCCAGCAGAGACCCUAAACUCAUAGAUAUGGCCAGCAAGAUGUCCUUGAUGGUUCCCAAGGUAACGAAACCCCGUUACAGCAGCCUGUGCAGCGACGACGAGCUACUAGACGAUGAAACCAACUGUUACGAGUCAGUGUCCGAGAAACGGGGUUCAUGGAUGGAAGAUUUGGGUUCGAUCUCCGGCUCUCAGAACAGCAUCUACCUGCCAAACACAGGCCACGUUAGUGCUCCGCCGCCUCGGGAAGACCUCGACUCCACCAGCGUCCCAGUUAUUAAAGUGGGCUGGCUGGACAAGAAUCCUCCUCAGGGGUGCGUGCGUGUUUUGUUUUCACACUGACUUUUGAACAUCUCAGGAUUU